GUAAUUGUGAUUGGGCGGUUCACUGUAGAUUACAACUCCUACGCAAUUGUUAUUAAUCAUGGUGUUGUGUUUAUCUGUCGCUGCAGGAAACACAGCUGCCGCCUAAUUAGACGGUGUGUUUGUGCAAUUUACAAGUUGCUCAAGCGUGAAAGGAACGGAAGAGGUAGCUUUUGAUGGCUUUGGUGGAUGCAUCAAAGAAGGCUGAGUUUGAUGGGGAUUUUAGACCGCAGCACAGAGCCGAGGUUUCCAAGCUGUAGGUUAUCUUCGUUUUUGUAGUGAGUUUUAACGCGCGUGUAUUAAUUUGAUCGUAAGAGUUGCAAUCCACGAAUGAAAACAGUCUUGAAGGGAAUCCAAAUUAAUCCAAUACUGCCUGCUAGUAGUUUUUUAUUUAUUUGAGAAAAAUACCACCCUAAAUUGACGGAUUCUUUGGAGUAACUAAAUAAGGAAACAGCUGUGGAAGAACAAAGGUAGCCUCGUGGAAAUUACGCCCUGCCAUUUGACAAGCCAGUGGAAAACAACUUCAAAAUCCGAAUUAAAAAAAAAAAAUCACGCUUUUACCACCGCAUCGGUUCCUCGUUUGAACCCUACCACAAAACUCUGAUAUAACCCGUACGCUGUCCUCAGGCAAACUUUGGACAGGAAAAGACUACAUUAUUAGAAGCUGCCGGGUUCUUUGUGAUUCUGGAUUACUUCAUCCGCAUCUUGUAUGGGAAAAUGAGGUUAAAGAAGAACGGUUCCUACACAGUGAAUCGGAAGUCGAAGACGAAGCCCAAUGGGAAGAAGCCGAUCGUGGAGGAGAAGAAGCCGUACCUGGAGCCCGAGCACACCAAGGUGCGCGUCAUCGACUUCCACCUGAAGGAGCUGGUGGUGUUGCCCCGGGAGAUUGACCUCAACGAAUGGCUGGCCAGCAACACGACGACCUUCUUCAACCUCAUAAAUCUGCAGUACAGCACGAUCUCAGAGUUCUGCACCGCGGACACGUGUCAUGCCAUGACAGCGUGCAAUACGAUAUACUACUGGUAUGAUGAGAGGGGGAAGAAGACCAAGUGCACCGCGCCCCAGUAUGUGGACUUCGUUAUGAGCAUGGUGCAGAAGCUGGUGACAGACGAAGAAAUCUUUCCCACAAAAUAUGGUAAGGAGUUCCCGAACUCGUUUGAGUCCCUGGUGAAGAAGGUGUGCCGGUACCUGUUCCACGUCCUGGCGCACAUCUACUGGGCCCACUUCGGCCAGACGGUGGCGCUGGAGCUGCAGGGGCACCUGAACACUCUGUACACGCACUUCAUGGUCUUCGUGCGGGAGUUCGGCCUGGUGGAGGCCAAGGAGACGGCCAUCAUGGACGACCUCUCCGAGGCCCUGAGCGCCCCCCCGUCCCCCAGCGCACAGAACCAUGUGACCGAGAGAUGAGCCCAGCGUGCAGGGAGGACUCAGCCCAGGACUCGCACACUGCCCGCCGCCGGGAGCCGCCAGCAGGGGGCAGUCACGCCAGCAGGAAUUGGCGUUAGCUUUGCCCCCCCAGGCCCAUCCUGCCACCUACCCAGCCUUUUCAGUAGGAAACCAACCAUGUGGUGUUUUUUUUUUUUUUUUUUUCUUUUCUCUGUUUUGAUUUGUUUUGUUGAAAUGUUAUUCUGGUUUUCAGGGGACACGGUGUGUUCACACUCUUCCUGUCUCUCUACCGCUUCACCUCCCAGCAUCCACCAAUGGGACGGUGGCACAGCCCCUUUUAGACAUACUGUCAUGUAAUGGUAUCAUUAGGGUGUUAUUGAAAAAGUUUGACGUUUUAAUCGUUGUGUGGAACAUCCUGCCCUCCCGUGAGGGCGUGGAGCGUGGAGUGAUUCCGCUCUCUUCUUCUCCUGAAUGUUCGGGGAGUGUCUCAGCUCAGGCUCAGGGUGAGGGAGAGAUAUGGCCACUCCAGCAGUGCUGGGGAAAGCGCUGUCCUCUCUGCGUUAGCGUCCCCGUGUGGUAGCGUAGCCGGACUCCUAACGUCCUGCCCUCCUCCCUGUAAUGCUGCUUGAGAGAGGGAGUAGAGCAGAGAGGCAGAGAGCUCUCAUUACGUCCCUCUGUGAGAGAUCCAGUGUGGGACACGGGGCUGGUGGGGUGGUGGGUCGUGUUUCUUUUUCUUCGGUGGUGUCUGACCUCCAGCGCAGCCGGGCCAUGAGGACAAAGACAUUGCCAUUGUCUGCUGAUUGACACGCCUGCUUUUGCUGUGCUCCAGGUCAGGUGGUGGAGGAUGAAACGCAUUCCCCACCCCGCCCCCUUCCAAAACUAGGCUUCCCCCAAAUCCUCACACCCUCCUAGUGUGGUGCUGGUCCCAGCAGGCUAGAAGCACAGCUGAGAGAGAGGGGGCCUGGGGAGGGCUUCUGGGUGAUGUUUGAAACUGUUGGAAUGAGCCCACUGUCCUGUUGCGGAAGAACCCCUUGUCCCCCUAUCUUAAGGACAUGUCAAUCUUGGUUUGGUUCAUAAUCAUUUUUAAAUGGUUAUAAAGGUCUGAAUUUAUUAAAGUAAUGGAAACCCUGUAUUUAUACAGUAUACAGACUUAACACGCUAUGUAAUUAAGCUAACCACAGAGAGAGUAAAGUUGUCAUUUGACAGUAGAUUUUGUCAGGAUAGAGGAUUGUAUUGGGAUCAGGGUUUCUGUCGGGAUAAGGGGGGUUAUAUCGGGAUAGCCUCCAUUGUGGAGGGUGGAUUUAUUUUCUCAUUAUUUAUUUUUAUUUGUUUUGACAUUUGCAGGGUUCUUCAUUUCUGGCUUUCAUUUUUAUGUAUUUUAAUUAUCUAAGUUAAAGCAAUUAAAUAUUUUAAGCUCUGCAAAUUAUAACCUAAUAAAAGAAAAAUGGCACUUCAA